UCACGCUUUGUGAAACUUUGAAAUAGUUUGGAGGAACUUUUCAUUGUGAGGUUUGCAGCUUGCUGUGCUGCUGAUGAUUCCUAUUUGUAGACAAGGCAGCCUGUCCCACAUCAUUAACCGCAGGGAGAGACUUGGGGAUGGUCACACAGGGCUGGGAAUAUCUAGACAUGAAGAUCACAGGGGAGAAGACAGGAAGCGGCGUCCUGCAGCUGGGGGCAGAGCACUGACCAUUGUGGAUUGUUACACUCCAGCAGGAGCAGGACAGGAGGAUGGCUUCACCUUGUAACAGCUGGUUCUACAAUGAAGGCUUCAAGCACCUCUUCCUGUUCUUCUGGCUGGCCGUCAAUACCCUAAUUUUCUGGAGAACCUUCAGCCGGUAUUACAGCGGCCCGCAGUACCACUACCUGCGCCAGAUGCUGGGGUUAGGAUUGUGUAUAAGCAGAGCUUCGGCCUCCGUCCUCAACUUCAACUGCAGUUUGGUUCUGUUGCCGAUGUGCCGGACUCUGCUGGCUGUGGUCCGAAGAUCUCGAAGGAUUGUAAGCAGGAAAACCAGAAGACUCCUACAUAAGUACAAAUCAUUCCAUGCAGCGUGUGGCAUCGCUAUCUGUGUCUUUACAGCUGUGCACGUCGGCGCUCACAUCAUUAAUGCUGCUAACUUUUCUACAAACUACAACAGUGAAUAUAUUGCACUUAAUGUUGCCCGCUACAAAAAUGAGGAUCCAAGGAAAAUUAUCUUCACUUCGGUCCCGGGAGUGACCGGAGUCUUGAUGGGGCUCAUUUUAUUUCUUAUGUCCACGGCUUCAACUGCAUCAAUAAGGGCAUCAAAUUUUGAUAUCUUCCUACACACUCAUAACCUGUUUUUUAUAUUCUAUGUGCUCCUUCUGGUCCAUGCUUCGGGAGGUGUGCUAAAAUAUCAGACUAAUUUAGACGAACAUCCUCCUGGCUGCCUCCAGCUAAACAGGACCAUGAAGUAUUACGCUCCACUUACCGAGCUUAAUGGAGAGACGUAUUUGCUGAAUACAGAAAAGCUGGCCCCGAGCCCCUUUAAUAUACAUGGAGAACUUUUAAUUAAUGAUAGCACACUUAGGAUAUGCACCAAAGACCCAGCAUUCCAUUUCCAUUUCCCAGAGACAUGGCUGUGGAUUUCAGCACCUUUAUGUUUGUACUGCGCUGAACGAUUAUAUCGAUACUUACGGAGCACUAAGCCGGUGACCAUCACCUGUGUUAUACACCAUCCAUGCAACGUCAUUGAAAUCCGAAUGAUAAAAGAUCAUUUUAAAGCAAGACCUGGUCAGUACAUCAUUCUACAGUGUCCGAGAGUGUCUGCACUGGAAAACCACCCGUUUACAUUGACUAUGUGCCCUACGGACACAAAAGCCACAUUUGCCGUUCACAUUAAAGUUGUGGGAGACUGGACAGAGAGAUUACGCAGUCUACUUACACAGUGUGACCAAGGGACAGAAAUAAUUCCAAUUUUUCAGCAUAGGAAAAACCCAAAGAUUUAUAUUGAUGGACCCUUUGGAAGUCCUUCAGAAGAAGUUUUGAAUUAUGAAGUCAGCCUUUGUAUCGCUGGUGGAAUCGGAGUCACGCCAUAUGCUUCCAUUUUCAACCAGUUAUUGGACACGUGGAAAGAAAACAAACUGCAGAGGCUGUACUUUGUGUGGAUAUGUAGAGACAUCCAGGCUUUCCUCUGGUUUGCUGAUUUAUUGUGUAUCCUCCAUAAAAAGUUUUGGCAAGAAAACCGUCCAGACUAUCUGAACAUCCAGCUGUACCUCAGCCAAACAGAUGGAAUACAGGAAAUAAUUGGUGAAAAAUACCAGGCUUUGAACGCUCGGCUUAUUAUCGGACGCCCUGGCUGGAAACUUUUGUUUGAUGAGAUUGCCAAAUCUAAUAGACAGAAAUCUGUUGGAGUAUUCUGCUGUGGGCCCAAAGGUCUUUCGAAAGAUCUCCAUAAGUUGUGUAACCGCCCCAAUGCCUACGGGACCAGGUUUGAAUACAACAAGGAAUCCUUUAGCUGAAAAGAAAUGUAGGAACAAGGGACUGAAGUGCAAUUAAGGAAAACCAAAGAACAUUAAUCAAUCACAAUUCCCAUCGAAGCAAUUGACUCCAUGCCAUGGUUAGAUGAUUAUCUUCAAGACACCAUCACUUGCAGCUUAUUCAAUGCACUGAUUUGUCAGAACAGACGUGAUAUGAGGUCUAUGCACACCUAAUGUUAAAAAAUGUGGUAAAAACUGCUAUGUGACCAUGGCAUGUGAAUAGACCCCUAUAGUUCUUAUUUUCUCUUAUGUUAUGAAACCACUUGGAGCUUCUUGAAGCCACCUGAGAUAACAUUUCUAAGCAGUCUGCAAAGUAUAUAUGUAGGUUAUUUCCCCAUGCCACUCAUCAAAUGGAGCUCAGUAGAUAGAUUAAUUUUUAAUUCCAAAAAUAUUUAAUA